AUUUUGAGGUUGAGUACAGGCCAAGUCAGGACUACAAUACUGUACCAGGAACGACUGCUGCAGCUCCCUUUCUCUCUGUGAGCCUUUGAUGUGAGUGCUGAGAGGCAGGGUGUGGCAGCACGGCUCUGUCACCUGGUCAGGUGUUUUCAUGCAUUCUCAGACUCUCCCUGGAUCACUGCAGGACUCACUCCACACUUGCUGCCUCCCCACUAAGCUCAGGUUGUUCACUGAGACCGCUAAAACUGAGGAUUUAAGGCUUUUCUUCAGAAAGGAUUGGUUCACAUUGUAAGGUGAACAGUCUGGGUUUUAAAUCUAAUACUCAGACCUUCAUGUGCAGAUUUCCUAUUUCUGUUUUCAUCACCUUACUGCUUCUACCUCCACCCUUAACAUUACCAACAGGAUAUCUAAGCAAUGGAGCGUCUGAAGUUAGUCCUGCAGUAUUUCCAGUCCAACUCUGAGUCCAUCUCCAACGGCAUCUGCAUCAUCCUGGCCCUGGUCAGCGUCAAGCUCUACACCAGCUUUGACUUUAACUGCCCGUGCCUCCCUCAGUACAACAAACUCUACUCUCUGGGAGUGAUGAUCGUCCCGCCCAUCAUACUAUUCUUCCUGGGGGUCCUGGUCAACCGGCAUACAGGCGUCAUGAUGGACGAGUGGAUGAGGCCCACUGGAAACAGAUCCAAGAACCCUGCUGUGGUUAAGUACCUGUUCUCAGCAAUGCUCCAGAGGGCCCUGCUGGCCCCGAUGGUUUGGAUCCUGGUCACUUUGCUUGAUGGAAAGAUCUUCAUUUGUGCCUUCAGUGUUAGUGUAGAUCCUGGACUCUUCUCUGGUUUGCCCAAUAAUACAGGUCUGGAUGUGAUUAAAAUCAUGGCCAAAGUACCCUGCAAGGAGGACGUUAUCUUCAGGAACAGCUCUUUCCGCAAAGCAGUGUCUCGUUACGUUCGCUGCUAUUCACAAGCCGUUGGCUGGUCCAUCCUUCUCUUCCUGAUUGUGCUGGGAGCACUGGGUCGCCUCAUCAAGCCCUGUUUCGACGACCACGCCACCUUCCUGCAGACGCGCUACUGGAGCAACUACCUCGACGUGGAGCAGAAGCUCUUCGACGAAACCUGCGUCCUGCAUGCUCGUGACUUCGCCCGCAAGUGCGUGGUGCUGUUCUUUGAGGACAUGAGGGAGGACACUGUGCUCCGUCUUCCCCACCCGCCCUUCAUCACAAACUCCAGAGAGAAGUGGGAGGAUGAGGAAGAGGAGAGGCUUCAUGGGAUAUCCAAGCAGGAGCAGUUGGACCAGCUGCUCUGCAAGUGGUACUACAGUAAACCUGAACUGGAUGUCACCAGGAUAGCCCACAGACCCAGGUCAUGUGUAACCUGGGAGGACCGGGACGGGAAGACUUUAUACUCAGAUGUCUAGGUUGAAUCAUGUCAUGAUCUGUUCCCUAAUAUUAAGGAAUAGCAGCAAUGUAGGUUAACUUCAGUUUAGUCAAAGCCAGACUGAUCCAAGGUCCACUUACUAAUGACUGAGAGUUCUCUACUGCAUAUUCAUUCAGCAGAUGGACCUGAUAGUGAACUUUCAGUCAUGUGAUAACAGGUGGUUUAUAACAGUGGAGAUGGCAACCCCCUGCCUAUGUUCUGUUUAAUGAUGGUGUCUGGCAGAGCUGUGGACUUGAAUCACACGACUUGGAUUCAAGUCAGACUCGAGUCACAAAUGUAAUGACUUUAGACCCCACUUUAGAAAAUCUAAAAGUCUUGCAACUCUACUUGUGACUUCUAUACUUUUGCCUCUCUACAUAAAGGACACUCUACUUCCUGCAUUGGUGCUUAACACUGGCACUAGAUAUAAAUUGAGGUGUGUAAUCAUCCAAUAUGAUUAGAUAUUGAGGGGUUCCUCACAGCAGUCACAUGUGAUCUCAAAAUUUUAAUAUACACAACUCCAGUCUUCUUCUGGGGGGGCCAUGAACAUAUAUAAAGAUGGGCGACAUGACAAAAAAGUGAAGCCAAAACCUCUCUAUCGCCCCCUGGUGGCUGACUGCCGUAUAGAUGAUAAAGCCCACUGCCUCCAUGUUAGGAGAUGGGACAUGAGCCAAACAAAAAAAAUCAAAGUACAUGUCAAAUACAUUUUUCCCCCAAAAAAGAAAAAUCAUUUUAGGCAGUUCUUAUCACGCUGAGGUAUGUGCAUUUUUCUGAUUAGUUUGGUUUUAAUUUGUUAUUUGAAGCUAUAAAAAUGGGGUUUCACAUCAAUACACAGCUGAGGCUGCUUGCGAUUGAGUCGGCUGGGCAUAUGGGCGGGACCUCAAUACGGUGGCGCCAGCUCCAAUCACCACUGCGCAGACUCACUACUGCACAGUGGCUGUGUCCUUAUUCAUGGUAAGGUGCUUGCCUCUCAUUUGAAAGCUCUUGCCAGAUGUUCUGAAAGCACAGGAUCCCAUUGGGAUACUUGUGGAAGCUUCUGUUAAGUUGGUAUGUCCCUCAUGGUCUUAAAGGUAUAGUAUGUAAUUUAUGCCACUAGGGGUCUCUCAUAUCAAACCAAUUGCAAAAGACGUAGUUUGAUGACAUUGUGAAGUCGCGCGGGAUCAUGGGAGUUGUUGUCUUCAUUGUCAAACUACUACCAUUCCUGAUGAAAAUCUAUCUGACAUAAUAAAUAUUAAAGUUUUAUUACCAUUA